AUGUUCAGCCGUCGUGUUUCCAGCUGUUGCCCAAUUCCCACGGCGAUGUAUCGCGCGUUGCACAUCAACAACUGGCGACAGGCACAGCGUCUUGUGCCGCCACUCGUGGCUCUCUCUCCACGGGAAACACGUGCUGCUGGUACAGAUGUAUUUGCAGUACAGACAGGCGCAUUUCUCUCCGCCGAUCUCGCAGCAUCACCGUCGCUCUCAGCACUCAUGGGCCUACCCGCGCAGGCGUGGUUAAACGGAUUUCUCGCCAACCCUAUCCUUUUGCGCAUUAUCUCUGAUACAAUGUGUACUUAUAGCGUUUUACUUAUUCACAUAUUAAAGUUGCAAUUAAGGUCUCGAGGGUAA